AUGAGAGUUUUGUUGGCUUUGGUGAUGCGGCGGCGGUCAGGGUAUGUAAAUAAGUUUUUCAUGCUAUGGGUUGUAAAAAAGGUGAACUUGUCUGCACUCCAACCUUCAGUUCAGAUCCAACUCAGUUCAGUUUCAACUCAACUCAACUCAACUCAGUUCAGUUUCAACUCAACUCAAUUCAGUUCAGUUUCAACUCAACUCAACUCAACUCAACUCAGUUCAGAUUCAUCUCAGUUCAGUUCAGAUUCAUCUCAAUUCAGUUCAGAUUCAUCUCAAUUCAGCUCAGAUUCAUCUCAGUUCAGUUCAGAUCCAUCUCAGUUCAGUUCAGAUCCAUCUCAGAUCAGUUCAGAUCCAUUUCAGUUCAGUUCAGAUCCAUCUCAGUUCAGUUCAGCUCCAUCUCAGCUCAGUUCAGAUCCAUCUCAGUUCAGUUCAGAUCCAUCUCAGUUCAGUUCAGAUCCAUCUCAGUUCAGUUCAGGUCCAUCUCAGUUCAGUUCAGAUCCAUCUCAGUUCAGUUCAGAUCGAUCUGAGUUCAGUUCGGAUCCAUCUCAGUUCAGUUUGGAUCCAUCUCAGUUCAGUUCGGAUCCAUCUCAGUUCAGUUCGGAUCCAUCUCAGUUCAGUUCGGAUCCACCUCAGUUCAGUUCAGAUCCACCUCAGUUCAGUUCAGAUCCACCUCAGUUCAGUUCGGAUCCAUCUCAGUUCAGUUCGGAUCCAUCUCAGUUCAGUUCGGAUCCAUCUCACUUCAGUUCGGAUCCAUCUCAGUUCAGUUUUUAUCCAUCUCAGUUCAGUUCAGAUCCGUCUCAGUUCAGUUCAGAUCCGUCUCAGUUCAAUUCAGAUUCGUCUCAGUUCAGUUCAGAUUCGUCUCAGUUCAGUUCAGAUCCGUCUCAGUUCAGUUCAGAUCCGUCUCAGUUCAGUUCAGAUCCGUCUCAGUUCAGUUCAGAUCCGUCUCAGUUCAGUUCAGAUCUGUCUCAGUUCAGUUCAGAUCUGUCUCAUUUCAGUUCAGAUCUGUCUCAGUUCAGCUCAGAUCCAUAUCAGUUCAGUUCAGAUCCAUCUCAGUUCAGUUCAGAUCGAUCUCAGUUCAGUUCAGAUCCAUCUCAGUUCAGUUCAGAUCUGUCUCAGUUCAGUUCAGAUCCAUCUCAGUUCAGUUCAGAUCCAUCUCAGUUCAGUUCAGAUCCAUCUCAGUUCAGUUCAGAUCCAUCUCAGUUCAGUUCAGGUCCAUCUCAGUUCAGUUCAGAUCCAUCUCAGUUCAGUUCAGAUCGAUCUCAGUUCAGUUCGGAUCCAUCUCAGUUCAGUUUGGAUCCAUCUCAGUUCAGUUCGGAUCCAUCUCAGUUCAGUUCGGAUCCAUCUCAGUUCAGUUCGGAUCCACCUCAGUUCAGUUCAGAUCCACCUCAGUUCAGUUCGGAUCCAUCUCAGUUCAGUUCGGAUCCAUCUCAGUUCAGUUCGGAUCCACCUCAGUUCAGUUCAGAUCCACCUCAGUUCAGUUCGGAUCCAUCUCAGUUCAGUUCGGAUCCAUCUCAGUUCAGUUCGGAUCCAUCACACUUCAGUUCAGAUUCAUCUCAGUUCAGUUCAGAUUCAUCUCAAUUCAGUUCAGAUUCAUCUCAAUUCAGCUCAGAUUCAUCUCAGUUCAGUUCAGAUCCAUCUCAGUUCAGUUCAGAUCCAUCUCAGAUCAGUUCAGAUCCAUUUCAGUUCAGUUCAGAUCCAUCUCAGUUCAGUUCAGCUCCAUCUCAGUUCAGUUCAGAUCCAUCUCAGUUCAGUUCAGAUCCAUCUCAGUUCAGUUCAGAUCCAUCUCAGUUCAGUUCAGGUCCAUCUCAGUUCAGUUCAGAUCCAUCUCAGUUCAGUUCAGAUCGAUCUCAGUUCAGUUCGGAUCCAUCUCAGUUCAGUUUGGAUCCAUCUCAGUUCAGUUCGGAUCCAUCUCAGUUCAGUUCGGAUCCAUCUCAGUUCAGUUCGGAUCCAUCUCAGUUCAGUUUGGAUUCACCUCAGUUCAGUUCAGAUCCACCUCAGUUCAGUUCGGAUCCAUCUCAGUUCAGUUCGGAUCCAUCUCAGUUCAGUUCGGAUCCAUCUCACUUCAGUUCGGAUCCAUCUCAGUUCAGUUUUUAUCCAUCUCAGUUCAGUUCAGAUCCGUCUCAGUUCAGUUCAGAUCCGUCUCAGUUCAAUUCAGAUUCGUCUCAGUUCAGUUCAGAUUCGUCUCAGUUCAGUUCAGAUUCGUCUCAGUUCAGUUCAGAUCCGUCUCAGUUCAGUUCAGAUCCGUCUCAGUUCAGUUCAGAUCCGUCUCAGUUCAGUUCAGAUCCGUCUCAGUUCAGUUCAGAUCUGUCUCAGUUCAGUUCAGAUCUGUCUCAUUUCAGUUCAGAUCUGUCUCAGUUCAGCUCAGAUCCAUAUCAGUUCAGUUCAGAUCCAUCUCAGUUCAGUUCAGAUCCAUCUCAGUUCAGUUCAGAUCCAUCUCAGUUCAGUUCAGAUCUGUCUCAGUUCAGUUCAGAUCCAUCUCAGUUCAGUUCAGAUCCAUCUCAGUUCAGUUCAGAUCCAUCUCAGUUCAGUUCAGAUCCAUCUCAGUUCAGUUCAGAUCCAUCUCAGUUCAGUUCAGAUCCAUCUCAGAACAGUUCAGAUCCAUCUCAGAACAGUUCAGAUCCAUCUCAGUUCAGUUCAGAUCCAUCUCAGUUCAAUUCAGAUCCAUCUCAGUUCAGUUCAGAUCCAUCUCAGUUCAGUUCAGAUCCAUCUCAGUUCAGUUCGGAUCCAUCUCAGUUAAGUUCAGAUCCAUCUCAGUUCAUUCAGUUCAGUUCGGAUCCAUCUCAGUUCAGUUCAGAUCCAUCUCAGUUCAGUUCAGAUCCGUCUCAGUUCAGUUCAGAUCCAUCUCAGUUCAGUUCAGAUCCAUCUCAAUUCAGUUCGGAUCCAUCUCAGUUCAGUUCAGAUCCACCUCAGUUCAGUUCAUAUCCAUCUCAGUUCAGUUCAUACCCAUCUCAGUUCAGUUCAGAUCCAUCUCAGUUCAUUUCAGAUCCAUCUCAGUUCAGUUCAGAUUCAUCUCAGUUCAGUUCAGAUUCAUCUGAGUUCAGUUCAGAUUCAUCUCAGUUCAGUUCAGAUUCAUCUCAGUUCAGUUCAGAUUCAUCUCAGUUCAGUUCAGAUUCAUCUCAGUUCAGUUCAGAUUCAUCUCAGUUCAGUUCAGAUUCAUCUCAGUUCAGUUCAGAUUCAUCUCAGUUCAGUUCAGAUUCAUCUCAGUUCAGUUCAAAUCAAUACAAUUUCAGGUGA